GCUAUCCAAUUCAAACAUAAAUGGCUCCAUCUACAUGGCCUGAGCUUAAAUUCAUACAAGACAGAGAGAAACAUUCUGCAUUUUCUUGAUCUUUUAUUCCAUCCCGUCAAAAGAAAAAUAAACCGGAGAGGUCAUCAAAAGUAUAUGAAACGGUCCCUCUCUCUGACGCAGGUGGGCCCCAUAUCCGACAGCCUCCGCACUCCGUAUCGGUGGCUGCCGUCAUCACCUCCCUCCACUGGACAUCUCAUCAGCUAACCACCUGGAAAACAAAACGAUAAGCUACCCCGGCGAUGUGGCGGAGAGGCUUCGCUAGCGGGGGCGCCGGCGUGAAAGCGGCAUUGGAGGGCAGGAAAUGGGAUGCGGUGGUGAUCGGAGCAGGGCACAACGGCCUGACGGCGGCGGCCUACCUCGCCCGCGGGGGCCUGUCGGUGGCAGUCGUGGAGCGGCGACACGUAAUCGGGGGGGCCGCCGUGACGGAGGAGAUCGUCCCGGGGUUUAGGUUCUCUCGCUGCAGUUACCUGCAGAGCCUCCUUCGGCCGGCCAUUAUCAGGGAACUGGAGCUAAAACGCCACGGCUUAAAGCUGUUGAAGCCGAAAGCUGCAGGGUUCACGCCUUGCUCCGACGGGCGCUAUCUCCUGCUUGGGUUCGAUGAGGAGGAGAACCACCGGGAGAUAUCCAAAUACUCGAGACGCGAUGCGGAUGCUUACCUGAGAUAUGAAAAUCAGCUGAACAAGUUCUGCCAUAUCAUGGAUUUUCUUUUGGAUUCACAUCCUCCGGAAUCUUCGCCGGGGGUCCUGUCUUUCAAGGAUCGGAUGAAGGACAAGUUGCAGAAUUCUGUUUUUUGGGCUCGUUGCUUGAGGCAGGUGCAGUCCCUGGGGCAGAAGGACUUGGUGGACUUUGUGGACCUCCUCCUGUCUCCAACAUCAAAGAUCAUGAACAAAUGGUUUGAGACAGAUAUACUGAAGGCAACAAUCGCGGGUGAUGCUAUUAUUGGCAGUAUGGUAAGUAUUGAUACAGCUGGUAGCGGAUAUGUUCUGCUACAUCAUGUAAUGGGUGAAACUGAUGGAGAGCGUAAUGUCUGGUCGCAUGUUGAAGGCGGUAUGGGUUCGGUUUCUUUAGCUAUCAGUAAUGCUGCCAAGGAAGCAGGGGUUCAUAUUGUAACAAAUGCAGAGGUUUCCCAGCUGGUGACUGAAGAGAAUGGCGCAGUAACUGGGGUACUUCUUGCGGAUGGGACACAUGUACGUGCUUCAACUGUUCUAUCGAAUGCAACCCCUUAUAAGACUUUCAUGGAGUUUGUCCCUCCGAAUCUACUCCCUGAUGAUUUUGUCAAUGCAAUUAAGCACUCUGAUUACAGUUCGGGAACAACAAAAAUCAAUGUGGCUGUUGAUAAAUUACCUCAAUUUAGCUGUUUAAAUCAGCCAGGAGUUGGUCCUCAUCAUACAUCAACUAUAAGAAUUGGUUGUGAAAGUAUGGAAGCCAUUGCUUCAGCUUGUCAAGAUGCAUGGAACGGCAUACCCUCGAAAAGGCCUGUCAUGGAGAUGACAAUUCCUACUUCAAUGGAUGAGACUCUUGCUCCUCCCGGUAAGCAUGUGGUUGGCUUAUUUACGCAGUACACGCCUUACAAACCUUCUGAUGGGAGCUGGAGUGAUCCUGCAUAUAGAGAAUCGUAUGUGAAGAGGUGCUUCUCUCUGAUAGAUGAAUAUGCCCCUGGCUUCAGCUCAUCGGUUGUCGGUUAUGACAUGCUGACACCACCGGAUCUCGAGAGGGAAAUCGGUCUGACAGGAGGCAAUAUCUUCCAUGGGGCUAUGGGCAUAGACUCCCUCUUCCUAUUGAGGCCGGUGAAAGGAUGGUCGAAUUACAGGACCCCAGUGAGAGGGCUGUAUAUGUGCGGAAGCGGCACUCAUCCUGGUGGUGGAGUAAUGGGCGCCCCGGGACGGAAUGCCGCUCAGGUCGUUCUCCGGGAUAUUAGGAAGAAAUAGAAAAGAAAUCAGCAGAAAAGAACCAUCUUGCAAUAAUAACUGGGGCUCGAGAUGAUGUUUUAGCUAACGUCUAUCAUAAAGUGUAGUCCCCGUCGCGAAAUUUGAGAUCGGAAAUUCGAUAUAAUGACAUUCGAUUCUGAAUAUUCUGCAUAAUGAUUAUUUGCAUUCGAUUUUUACUA